ACCGCCAACACCAGCACACUCUCAAACUUCGUAACUGCCAUCUCUACCUCUCUCUCAGAAAUACUGAAAUAGCAUCUUCUUCUUCUUUUUUCCCCUAGGGUUUGAAUCUUCGUGAAGACUACUGCAAUCUCUUCAAAUCUCACAUCUCUCCCAUUUUCUCUACGAAUUUGGAGAAUGACGCGGCCAAGAAGGCAAACGCUCCUGAUUUUCUUCUUUGUCCUCUGCUACCUCGCUCCCAAAUCUGCUGUAUCCGUUGAGAUCCUUUCGAAAUCAAAGAUCGAGAAAUGCCAGAAGCUUUCGGGUUCCGACAGAUUGGAUUGUAGUAAGAAGAUCGUUGUAAACAUGGCAGUUCCGAGCGAAUCGAGUGGCAGAGAGGCCUCUAUUGUUGCAGAACUAGUGGAGGCAGAGGAGGAGCACACCACUCGCAGGAUGAAAACCAUACGAACACCACCAGUCAUAACAGUCAACAAAUCCGCCGCAUAUGCCCUGUAUGAGAUAACAUAUAUACGCGAUGUUUCUUAUAAGCCGGUGGAGCAUUUUGUCAAGACACGCAAAUGUGAGCCAGAUGCUGGCGCUAAUGUUGUUAAAAUAUGCGAGAGGCUGAGAGAUGCAAAUGGUCACUUCAUUGAGCAUACUAAGCCAAUUUGUUGUCCUUGCGGGCAAUGGCGGCGUGCGCCUUCCUCAUGUGGAAACUUUCUUUCUAAACUGUUGAAGGGGAAGGCUAACACUGCACAUUGUCUUCGAUUUCCAGGUGAUUGGUACCAUGUUUUUGGUAUUGGAAGGCGAUCACUAGGCUUCAGUGUACGAAUUGAAGUGAAGACAGGAUCAAAGAAAUCAGAGGUGGUUGUCGGUCCUGAAAAUAGAACGGUGUUAUCAACUGAUAAUUUUUUAAGAGUUAACCUUAUCGGAGAUUUUGUUGGCUAUACAAGUCUUCCAUCAUUUGAAGAAUUUUAUCUAGUAAUUCCAAGACAGGGCGGGCCGGGUCAACCACAAAAUCUUGGGAGGAAUUUUUCUAAGUGGAUGCUGUUGGAGAGAGUACGAUUUACCUUAGAUGGCUUUGAAUGCAACAAAAUUGGUGUCAGCUAUGAGGCUUUUAAUGCACAGCCAAACUUUUGCUCUUCACCAUUGGAGAGUUGCUUGCAAAAUCAACUAUGGAAGUUUUGGGAUUCUGACCAAAACCGCAUCAGUAAGAAGCAAAUGCCCCAAUAUGUCAUAGAAGGAAGGUUUGAAAGAAUCAACCAACAUCCAGAUGCAGGAACACAUUCAUUCUCCAUAGGAAUCACUGAAGUUCUUAAUACAAAUCUCUUGAUAGAACUCAGUGCUGAUGACAUAGAAUAUGUCUAUCAAAGGAGUCCUGGGAAAAUCAUAAGUGUUACCACCCCAACAUUUGAAGCCCUGACACAGUUUGGGACUGCCACAAUCACGACUAAGAACACUGGUCAAUUGGAAGCAUCAUACAGCUUAACGUUCGAAUGCUCCAAGGGUGUCAAUCGCAUGGAGGAACAAUUCUUUAUACUGAAACCAGGAGAGGUUACUACUCGAACAUUUAAAGUCUAUUCAACAACAGACCAAGUUGCUAAAUAUCUGUGUGCAGCUAUAAUGAAGGACUCUGAUUUUAAUGAAAUUGAUAGAGCAGAAUGCCAAUUCACUACUACAGCUACUAUCUUUGACAACGGGACUCAGAUUACUCCUAGUUCAUCAUCAACAAAGACCGGCAUAAAUGGCUUCUUUGAAUCCAUUGAAAGCCUAUGGAAUAACAUGUGGAAAGGUUUGAUAGAUUUUUUUACUGGAAAAACAUGCAGAAGCAAAUGCUCAGGUUUCUUCGACUUCAGUUGCCACAUACAAUACAUAUGUUUGAGUUGGAUUGCAUUGUUCGGUUUGCUUCUGGCAAUUUUCCCAACGGCGGCCGUGCUCCUGUGGCUGUUACAUCAGAAAGGAUUCUUCGAUCCUAUUCAUGAUUGGUGGGAGGAUCGAUUUGAAGGAAGCACACAAAGAAGCAGAGUUGAUCCUAAGCAUGGAAAAGAAACCAGGCAACCUCACAUGCAUCACCAUCAUAAUCAGGAAUGUAGGCAUCAUCACUACGAUGCAAAGAACAGACGAAGAACCAGUCACCGUAAGCAUGAUCAUCAUCAUCAUCACCAUCAUCACCAUCAUCAUGCUCACAAGGAUAGAUUCAAGCAUGGACAUACGGAUGGUCUGAUUGAUGAAAAGCUUGAGCCCCACAUGAACAAAAUUGAGAAGCUGGCCAUAAGAGGACAGCCAAAAAAGAUGAGAUACAAGUAAAGAAAAGCAAGACAAACACAGCUAAUCAAGCACAAAUGGGAGCGGGACCUGCCACAUUCGAAGCUGCAUGGUAGAAAUAUUUAAAGAGAACAAGCAUUUCAUUGUUUCAAUUGUGUUGUUCAUUCAACUGGGGAACUCUUUUGUCAGUGUCUGCUGUUGUUUAUUAAAACUUUGAGACACAUCAAAAACUAAAAAACUCUUCGGUCAAUGUCUAGCCGGGUCAGGUCAACUUGAAUGGACAUGAAAUAUCCAAAAUAAAAACAAGCAGUUGUCAUUGGUGUGGUGGUAGCAA